AUGUCAUCAAAGAACAAAAAGUUGGAAAAUUCAGAAGCUUUCUAUAGGCCUUCAUUAGCUGUUCAGAAGACCAGUGCUGAGAUUAUAAAUGAAGCCCGAAAUGCUUUAAGAACAUUAAGAACUAGAAGACCAUUUACACCAAGAGAGGAACAAAGGAAGCUUUUUGGAUCUGCCUCUUCAAGGACACCUGAAAAUAGGCCACCUUCUUCUUUUAGUCUUCAUGCUUCCAGCUUUGAAUCAGUUGAACCAAGGCCUGUGUCUUGUGCACGCCUUAGCCCCCUGGAUCAUAAGCCAAAGUUGCUGUUAUCUUUAACGAGCAAUGAAGACUAUCACAUCCCUCCCCCUAAACUGCCAGUGGAUUCAGAGGAGAUUGAGAAGGUCAGAAAUGCCCGUACAUGUUUGUUUAGAACUGCCUCUCAUGGAAAUCUUCUCAAUGAUAAAAUAUUCAGUUCGGUUGAGAGCAAGAGGCUGAGUUUUGAAGGACAAACUACCCUGAGUGAUGUUCCAAGAAGUGAUGAAUGCUUUCCAGCAAAACUAACUGUCCAAUCAGGCUUUGAAGAUGAGGGCCUUCCAUUAGCUUACAAAGAUAAGGUGAAACAAGCCUGUUCUGAAAUGAGAGAAAUAGCAACACCAUCUCAAGACAUCUGUAAAAGUCUGAGGGAAAACAAAAUGACUGCCGCGGUGAGCAACGAUGGGGCGGAUAGGGAACCCUUCACAAGAACAGAGCUGAGGGACAUAUUUGCUUCCUUUAAGGAGGAAAUAAUGGGCCAUAUGAACGAUCUUAUGAAGCAGAUGAAUGAUAAGCUAGAGACGCUUCAAAUUUCCAUAAACAACACCACACAGACAGCUGAGACAGCACUUGAUACAUCUCUAGCUAACCACGAAGACAUACUAUUGUUACAAUCUAAUGAAAAAUGGUUAAAGGAGAAGGUGCUUACCCUGGAACAUAAGGCAAAGGAAAAAUGCCUCAAAUUUAGGGGUUUUCCAGAGAAAUCGGAAAAAACGGAAGAUCUUUUAACUUUCAUUACAAACUGGCUUUCUGAAAUGGCUUUUACAACCUCAGACUCUGUUCCAAUUUUAACGAAAGCCUAUCGCUUGGGCGUAGAAACGGCUGGCAAAGACAAAGGUCCCAGGGACAUUUUAGUCGAGUUUCUGGAUGUAAGCAAAAAAUCAGCAGUACUCAAAGUGGCAAGGGAUAAACGCUUCCUCAAAUUUGGAGAACACAACAUUCUUGUCUUCCCUGACCUGCCCUCGGAAGUGCUUCAAAUACGACGAGCUCUCAAGCCAAUUACUAAAUGUUUAAUUGAAGCACAAGUUCGCUAUAGAUGUGACCAGGAUCAUCCUAAGAGAUCAGGCAGGCCUUCAUCGUGUCCAGAAAAUAGUAUUUGGAUUAAAGCUGAUACUAAGACAGAAAAUAAUUUGGGAGCAAAUGAAACUGAAGAGGAAGAAAACUACUGGAAUAUGAGAAUUUUGCCAAUUUUACAUGAAUUAGAGACUGAGGACAAUGUAGAAAGCCUUUGCCAUGCCUGUGACAUUCUCUAUCGAGCUUUGGAGGACAGAAAUAUGCUUGGCAAGCGAUUUAAAAGGAGAACUUUGUUUCUGAAGACUUUGUAUAAGUUAUGUGACAUUGCUUCAGAUCCUCUUGGCCUGAAACUAGCAAAAAUAAUUCUGGGCUUGAAAGUGAGUGGAAAAAACCUGCUUAAUGUCUGCAAACUUGUAUUUAAAAUCAGUAGAAAUGAAAAAAAUGAUUGCCUCAUUCAGAGUGAUCAGAUAUUGGAUUCUCUGCUGGAAGUUCUGAGAGCUGAAGACCUGCAAGCCAACACAGAGGCCUUUAUCUAUUGUAUUGGUGCUCUAAAAUUUAUUUCUGGAAACACAAGCCUCAUUCAUGAGAUGGUCAACAAGGGAACGGUUGAAAUUCUGGUACAAUUUAUGAAGCAGAUUAAUUUAAUUAAUGAAAAUGAGGCACAGUUUUGCAGCUCGGGACACCUCUUGGUUCAGCUAACUGCCACUUUGCGGAAUUUAGUUGACUUGCCUCAAUCAAGGUGUAAACUCCUGAGCAGUGGAGCAAUUCCAGAGCUUUGUCUGAUGAUGGAGGAACGUAUGAAUGACAAGGAUAUAUGUACCAAUGUGGCCAGAAUAUUCAGCAAACUUUCUUCCUUCAAUGAUUGCUGCUCAGCUUUGGCAGAUUGUUCCAGAUGUUACAUCUUAUUUUUAGCCCUGCUAAACAAACACCCAAAGAAGCAGGAUUUAGUUGUUCGUGUCAUUUUCAUUCUUGGCAACCUAACAGCAAGGAACAAUCAGGCUCGGGAACAAUUUUUUGAGAUGCAAGGAAGCAUUAAUACCCUGAUAACUCUAUUCCAAACUCAUUGUGAUAUUGACUCUAAUAGUAAACCCUGCCAAGAUGAUGGUGAAUUAAGAAACGUCAAGCAUCCUUCUGAAGCAGAAGAUGUCCUCAUCAAACUUGUAAGAGUGAUUGCCAAUUUGUCCAUUCAUCCUAGUGUCGGUGCAAGUCUAGCUACUAAUCAUCAGAUUCUGGGGUUACUUAUUAAAGUGCUAGAAUACAAAUCAGUUGACAAAUGUGAGGAGCUGGUCAUUAACACUACAGCUACAAUCAACAAUUUGUCCUACUACCAUGUGAAGAAUUCUGUAAUCCUAGAGAAGAAAUUAUAUAUUGCAGAGCUACUCAUAAAGUUAUUAAUGAGUAGUAAUAUGGAUGGGAUUCUGGAGGCUGUCCGAGUCUUUGGUAAUCUUUCCCAGUAUGAUGAAAUCUGUGACUUCAUUGUUCAGAGGAAGGUGUACAAAUUCAUGAUUGCUUUACUCGAUGCCAAACAUCAAGAUGUCUGCUUUUCGGCCUGUGGAGUUCUCCUCAACCUUACUGUGGAUAGAAGCAGGCGUACUAUAUUGAAUGAAGAAGACGCAAUUAAAAAGUUAAUUGAUUGUUUAAGAGACUUUGGGCCUACAGACUGGCAGCUGGCUUGUUUGAUAUGCAAAACCCUGUGGAACUACAGUGAGAAUGUUACUAGUGCUAGGCCCUGCUUAGAAGAGGAAGACUCCAACACCCUGCUAAUUCUGCUUGCAUCAUUUUUGGAUGAAGAAUUUGCAUUGGACUACAAUUUGGACAGUGAUUUAAGAGAUUAUCACAAACUGCAUUGGGAAUCAGAGUUCAAACCUGUGGCACAGAAGCUUCUCCAGAGAAUUCAGAAUUGAAAAUCAUUUUUAUGUCCUUUAAAUAUUACUUAAUUUGA